CCUAAAAUAAGACGCUUAGCACUUCGUAAGUUUUCUUCUGCGAUAUCAAUACAGAAUGUACGGGCCAAGUCCGUUGUUAACUCUAUUGAUCCGACUUACUACGUACCUAAUCUGAUGAUAUGAUAUUGCCAAGUGAUUUUUGAGAGAAUUUUUUUUAUUAGGAUUUAAAAACUUAUUUUCAAAAAUGACAGAUAGAAAACCCUUCAUCAUCACUUGGAGAAUCAAGAAUUUCAGCUUCUGCUGGCACAAAGAAGAAGAAGAAAUUUCUGGUCCCGAAUUCAACAUAAAUGGGAUGGACGGAAGCAAGUGGAAACUGUAUCUGUUUCCCAGGGCCUCUAAAUCAAAAAUGAGUUGGUCCAUAGCUUGUUAUCUUCACCUCGAAAAAGAAAACGGUCCACGUAGAGUUAAAAUAGCUUACGAACUUUCAGCCCUUGGUUGCGAUGGACUACCUCUUGAAACUGAAACAUGCACUGACUGUUUCAUGCAAGAAAAUGACUGGUCACUACCUUUAAUUCUGCAACAGAAAACAGUGUUUCUUGAAAAGCGUGAUGAAUUUCUUCCAAAAGAUACCUUAACAAUUCGUUGUAGAAUAUGGCAAAUUAACCAGGGAAACAUAACUGCCGAACGAUAUAUUGCUACAACACGAAUUGAGAUAGAAAAGGUACCCCUUUUUGGGAUUGUUAGAAGGACACGUUCUAGAGAGAAUGUUGAGAAUAAAUAUCGUGUUGAAAUUCUACAAGAAUCAACAGAAACUCCAAUUUCCAUAAAUAUCAAAUUUACAAAUGGAUCACCAUAUGCUGAAAUACAACCAAAAAGUCGCGAACUCAAGUUCUGUAAGUGUAAAAUGAAUUUUACAAAUGAUUCAGGGAUGGAGGUUUUAGAAGCAGAGGACGCAUUUCUAUUUCGUCUCGAUUUGAUACCACUUUACGAGAAGAUGCCAGUCUGGAUGUUUCCCCUUCUACCUACAUCUAAAAACGAAAAUUAUUAUCCACAAUAUGGUCUGGAAAUGAACAACCUCGCUCUUCGUUGUGAAAUUGCAUAUUCUACUGGAAUAAUGUCUGAAAAGUUUAAAAAUGUACACUAUUCCAUCAAUACGUUUCAAAAUGGCUGUAGUAUUAAAGAAAAAAGACAAGAAAAUCUACCUAGUUUAAAGGACGACCUAUUGACUUUAAUGCAAAACUCAGAUUACUGUGACAUAAAACUGAAAACGCAAAACAAAACGUUUUCAGCUCAUAAGAGCAUUCUAAGUGCCAGGUCGCUUUUCUUCAAAAACAAGCUUGCUGAUUUUGAAAAUGUAGAUUCUAUCUUUGUUAAAGACAUGGACAAUGGAACUUUAUAUCAAAUGCUUGUAUUUUUAUACACGGACACUAUUGAAAAUUUGGAAUUAGAGAAUGCCAUGAAAUUAUAUAUUGCAUCCGCAAGAUAUGGAAUUCCUUCUUUGCAGCAUAGAUGUUCCUCUUUUCUUCAGAAUCACCUCGAUGCAUCCACUUGCUGCGAUGCUUUAAAAGCGGCCGACCAGUAUCAAGAUAGUGAUCUGAAGAAAGCUGCACAAAAUUACAUUUUGGAUCAUGAAGGCGAAAUUAUUGGCUCUGAUAAGUGGCAGGAUUUGGAACGUUUCACUGAAGUAAUAGAUGAAGUGCGGCACUUAAAAAGAAUGAAGACCUAGGUAAAUAGGAGGAUAUUAUAUUCAGAAUAAAAUCUGUAAUCCAUAAAGAUUGGUGACGAAGUUGUCUCACAUUUUAUCAGCAUACAUUAAAAGAAUUUGAUGAAAAUGCAAGAACUUGACAAAGAUUAAAAGUCUUUCUGCUUACUUAAUAAUUCGAUAAGAUGAUUAAAAAUAUAUUCUCUUAUAUUACUUCUAAGAAAUUGGUCUAUAAGCAUUUAAUAUUCAAGAUAUUGAUAAGAUACAUUUGACUAUCAUAAAGACGCUAUUGGAAAAAUUAGUAGGAAAUUGAUCUUACAUCACAAAUAAUUUAAUUGCGUCCUUUUUUAAUUAACUACUUUUAAUUGCAGUAUUAUUGUUGAUUGUAAUAUUUCUUAAAUAUAUUUGUGCCAUCAUGUAUUUCAUCAAUAAUUCUGUUGCCGACAUUCUGAUUUAUAUAUACAAUCAAAAUUAAUCAAACUAUUAA